AUGGCUGUUCAGGUUGCAAAAGAUUACGUGGAUGAGGAUGUCAGCUUUGAGUCGCUCCAUUUGGAUCCACGGCUCAUUCAGGCAAUCAACAAACUUGGAUAUGAGCAUCCUACUUUAGUGCAGACCCAAUCGAUAAAGCUUUCGUUGGAAGACAAGAAGGACAUUAUUGCAAGAGCAUCGACGGGUUCCGGAAAAACUGCUGCCUACUGCAUUCCAAUUAUACAGUCAAUUCUUACAGAUAGGGAAGGAAGUAGAAGUUCAGAGCAUCAUACCAAAGCAAUAAUCCUGGUUCCCACAAAGGAAUUGUCAAAGCAGGUGAGCGAUUUCCUAAAUGAUCUAUGUGUGUUUUGCAGCAAGGAAGUGAGGCUUUUAAAUGCAACAGAGUCUCUUGGGGAUGAUCUUUUGAGCUCACUUGUGGAUGAGCAUCCAGAGAUUAUAAUUUCAACACCGUCUAAACUUGUGAGCAUAUUUGAAAAUCACAAGAACCUCACGUUUGCGGACUUAAAGUACUUUGUGAUCGACGAGGUGGAUUUGGUGGUAAGCUAUGGCUAUAAUGAUGACUUGGAGAAGCUUUCAGAUCAGUACUUAAACAUGAAGCAGGGUGUCCAGGUGUUUAUGAUGAGUGCAACUUUGAACGAAGACGUGGAUGCUUUGAAGAAGAGGUUUUGCACCAAGCCAGCAGUUCUAAGAUUGCAAGAUGUGAGUGAGGAUAACAAGGACCUUAGGCAAUACUAUAUCAAGACCGGGGAGUUGGACAAGUUCCUCCUCAUCUACGUGAUUCUAAAGUUGAAUCUUAUUAAGGGAAAGAUCCUCAUAUUUGUUAAUGAUCUGGACAGAGGAUACAGGCUAAAGCUUUACCUACAGAAUUUCGGAAUCAGGAGUUGUAUAUUGAACUCGGAGCUUCCCCUCAACUCUCGUCUGCAUAUCGUUGAGCAGUUCAAUAAGAACGUCUACCAUCUUUUAAUAGCGACCGACGAGUCGAAUGAGCAGGAUGCAGAAGAUAAGGAUGAAAAGAAGAGUUCCAAGAGUUCCAAGAAAGCGGACUACGGAGUUUCUCGUGGUGUGGACUUUAAGAAUGUGGCAUGCGUUUUGAACUUUGAUUUGCCAACUUCCUCAAGAGCAUACAUUCAUAGAGUGGGACGUACGGCAAGGGCUGGAAAGUCUGGAAUUUCGCUUUCAUUUGUUGUCGAUGCAAAGGAAUGGGGAAAGCACAGAGCAUCAAGUCUCGCAACGGCCAGAAAAGAUGAAAAGGUGAUGGAAAGAAUUAGAAGAGCCCAGACAAAGCUUGGAUAUGAACUCGAGCCUUACCAGUUCGACAAAGCGCAGUUGGACAAUUUUAGAUACAGAAUGGAGGAUUCUUUCAGGUCCAUUACAAGGGCAGCGAUCCGGGAGGCCCGCUUGAGGGAAAUCAAGAUGGAGUUGAUCACAUCUGAGAAGUUGAAGAGGCAUUUUGAGGAAAAUCCGGAAGACCUAGCUACAUUGAGGCAUGACAAGGCAGUUUCGAAAGUGAGGAGUGAUCAGAACUUGAAAGACGUUCCAGACUAUCUUCUUCCAAAGGUGGCCAGGAAGAACCCAUCACAGGUUGGAUUUGUGCCAUUUAACAGGUCUAAUGGAAGGAAACGGAGAAGAGGCGGACGCAAUGGAAAAGAUUGGAAGAAGAGGAAGGUGGACCCAUUGAAGAAGUUCAGGAAGUAG